UUAGCACACGCCAACGGCUGGCGCGAAGGGAUAGAGCACACCGAGAAGAACAGCGACAUCGGACUCUGCAUAAAGGCGCAAGACACACACACACAGAGACAGACAGAAUACAAUGAUGCACACUAUGUCUCUUUCUCUCUCUGUCUCUCUCGUUCGUGUGGGUGUCGCGCCCGACCACAACGUCGACGAUUCGAGAGUUGAUGUCCAGCACGAGUCUAUCCUCCCACCUCGGCUCCAAAUAGAGCCCCUGGUCCCCCAUGGUGGCUCCCCCUCGGCAACACUGUCCAUCAUGAAAGAGAACGCGAUGUCGAUGAGGCCGAGACCUCUCAGCCCGCCGCCCAUCUGCUGAUGGUUGCCCAUGAAUCUGUACAAAUCACCACAGGGACAUACAUGGAGACACGGCGAGUCAGUGAGUCAGUCAGUGAGUGAAUGUUCGUGUCUCUCCACCAGACGUUCUCAAUGGUCUGAUCCUCGUUCCUCCGUUCGAUCUCGAAGCUGGCGAGGAGAUCGGCAUAGUCAUCAAGGCUCAACACGUUGAAGACGUAGCGAGGGCCGGGGUACUGAUCGAUCGACGCGGCGGCAAGGAGACAUGCAUGGUGUGGGCAGCAAUUGCUGUCUAUGCCUUCUUUCUGCUCACGUCUGCUCGUUCGCGGAAGUAUGGCUGCAUGACACACAGAAAAUGGCGAACACACAUGUCCGGACAGAGAGAGUGUGGAGGACAUACAUAAUGUAUUGUAAACAGGCUUCACUCACACUCACCGUGAUGUCUUGCUGGAAUGUGCCGACGACACUGUCGUAUACUGACGUACAUCAGAGACAUCGACAGCAAGCAAGAGUGAGAGAGAGUAUGUCGCAUUCUGUAGGUGCAGCAUCGUGAUGUCCGGGUGUCUGUCUUGCUGUACGUCCGAGAUAGUGCACCCGGACGUCUUCGCUCAUUCGACGGCGACGGAACUUGAGGGCGAGCUCCUGUGGGUCCUCGCCGAAGAAGAUGUCCUUGAUUUCCUUCUCUAAUUCUGUGAUGUGUCUUCUGUUUUUCCGGAGCAUGAUGCCGAUGUAGGAGAUCAGGGAGUUGAGGCCGCGGGCAGAUAUGCCGCCUCUGAACAAACAAUUGCGCAUGCAUCUCUUUCUCUGUCCUCAUGGCAUUGUGUGCUGGCGUGUACGCACCUGCUGUAUCCGAUGAUCCAGAUUCGUGUGGUACUGGUGAAGCUUUGGCCUGUAGCGUGAGGGUACCUAAUUCGAUUGGGAAGUCGCAGACCCUUCAACUAGGUGGGUGGUCAACACACACGCUCACUUUGCGACGAGCCACUUAUAGGCCUGCCAUACCUUGGGCCUGUCAGGCAGUAAGUCAUUACGAGUGAGAGUGGGAGAGAGAGAGACACUGUGGCUGUGUGGGCGUGAGCUCACCAGGUGUCAUACCCCAACACCGACGUGAGCCGGUCAGCCCCAGCAGCCACCAGCCCCUUGGCGCAUGUGGCGAGCCGCUCACUCAAUGUCGGCGGCUGAAGCUCGGUCUCGUAGAAGAGCUCUUCCGUGACGUCAGGGGCGUUUCGCAGACCACCCGGGAUGUAGAUGAACUCUUGGCGCCCGUCCACCGGCACAUUGGCAUCUACAGACGGGCAAACACACAGGGAGACAGAGAGACAGGCAGACAGACAGACGUAUGUGUUGCUCGAGGGGCUGUCGUGUGUCGGUGUGCCUGGUUUCACUCACUUUUGAGCAAGGUCCAUGUCUUGCCGACGUUGCUUCUUCUGCCUUGGGGCGGCCAGUCGCUGUCGUCGUCCUCAGCCUUGAGCCCAAACCCCUCAAACAUCACAACCAGGUUGUGCUCCUUCUCCUGCCACUCAACAGCAUCGGCGUACUCCGGCAGCCUCGCAGGCAGAGAGGACCUGCGCUCGAGGCGCUUCGGAAUCUGGCCGCCAGCUGGCUCUUCUUUUGAGAAAGCUCUCUUCCGCCUCGAAGUUUGCUUCUUAUCAUUAGUGAUGGGCUGGGUAACACUGUCGCGGCUGUCAGUUGUCAGGUCAUGGGCGGAGGUCACGGCGAUACAGAGAAGCCAAAAGACCCGCAU